UCACGCCGGAUGCCAGCCGCCUUUGAAACCCAGGAAGAGGGACGGUGACGCGGGUGGCGUCCAAAAACCAUUGACUGCAUCUGUCGGCUUACUAGGCAGCCACACCAUUUCCAUUUCGGUUAUCUUCUGGGAAACACUAUGACUGUUUUUGCCGAGUGGAUCCUGCCUGUCAUGUUGUCGGAUAGGAGUUGGUGACGUAAGUGCUGCGACAUCUGCGCGAGUGUUUACACCGUUCAGACAGUCUGGGAUCUCACGUGAACAGGGACGCAACAGUUUGAAGUUAUCAGCACAUGAAAAUGUCCAAAUUUGAGCGUCUGAACGCCCGUGUGGAGAAGCUGCUGUCUAAAGCUGUGCAGGAGGUUCUUGAGGCGGUGAAGGAGACCGUGUCGGAGUACCAGGAGAAAACUGCAAGAACCCAGAGGGAGAACCAGAGUCUGAAGAGGAGGCUGCAGGUGCUCCAGGAGAAGUUACAAUUGGAAAGCAAUGGAUUUGUAUCCCCUGCAACCCACCAAGAGCUGGAAGAGGACACUGAACUCACCCCCUCUGAUAAGGGCAUCGCAGUAACUUGUCCCUCAUAUUCAUUUGAAGAGCUGGACUGUGAAGCAUCCAUCACGCCUUUAGCCACCCCCUGCCUCUCCCUUGGAGCCAUGACAGGACCACAUGUGGGUGUUGAUAAUCUAAGUAAUCCAAGAACUCUCAAAACAGAGACAGAUAACGAACUCUCAGCGCCAGUUUCAAACCACGUAGACGCUGUCACUGCAUUCGCAAUCCCCGAAAAUGAUCAUAAAAUGAAAGUGGAGCCAACAUCGGAUGAGGACGCCAUGCACACCGCAAGCUAUUUCUAUGACAAUGACGGUGCUGCAUCCUCACACAGACUAGAACAUCCCCAAGGCAACCCAGGACUUUACAGCGAGUUAGGGGUUGUCUUCGGUCUGGACCACAAUGGCACAGGAGAGCCUCUGACGCAAAGAUUCAACAACACAAACACCCCUCAAACGAACACAAAAGCAGGAGCUUCCAGAACGUCCCAGAGAAAUUGCAGGAAACACUACUGCUGCUCCCUCUGCGGACGCACCUUCAGGCACGCGGGUGACUACAAGAAACACAACCGGGUGCACACGGGGGAGAAACCGUACUGCUGCUCCGUGUGCGGCAAGAGGUUCAGUCAGUCGGGCUACCUGACGGUGCACCUGCGCUACCACACGGGAGAGAAGCCGUUUGGCUGCAGUCACUGUGGCAAAAGCUUUAGUCACUCGAGUAACAUGAAGAAACACCAGCAGACUCAUCUGUGAGGCUGCCGGUGUGUCCAGAUGUUUCUAUCCAUAUCAGGUCGGUGAUGUUUAGGGCUGGGCGGUGGAAAAUGCUGCCUGUUUGUAGGCCAUGAAGAGAAAAGUAAUGGUGCCUUUUAUCAAAAAUGGAGCUCUUUCAGUCACACAUGUCAUCCUCCAUGUGUCAAGCAGGAUUUAUUAAUAACCUCUGUUCGCGCCAUACCGUUGUUGUCAAAUGUUUAGAGAUGUAUUCACUUUGUUUCUUGUUGUGCAGGCUCUUGCAUGGACCUCAACAUUCAUUCCCAAAUCAAAUAAAUGUAUUUGGCACUUC